AUGGUGGAAGACCAGCGCAUCUACAGCACGGACCAAAAACAUGAAUUGUUGGGGCAGCCAAUCGCCCACCAGGCAGGUAAGCGCAACGCCUUGGUGAGUACGACAGACGGAGAUCUUUUUGUUUUCGUUUUCGUUUUUAUCUACUUUGGAUCUGCAAAGCAAGCAAACACAAGCCAAACAAUGUUCUCAAGGAAACGUAUGUUGUUCCGUUCCUCCAUAGUCUGCACUGGCGCCACGGCUGCGCUGCGGCGUGGGGGGACCGCGCUGACAGCUACGACGGCAGCAGCACCAGCGCCUGGCGCACGUCUUGCUGCUGCCACCGCCGUGCGCUGGGCGUCCUCCCUUGUGAAGGACACUGCAUCGCCGCUCACGCAGCAGCGACGCUUUGUGGAAAGCACGGACGGCCGCUCUUCCGCGUCGGUUGUCAUCGUUGAUCCUGCGCUUGCCUCUAAGGAGCGUGACCGCAUGGCGCGCGAGAUGUUAUCCCGCAACCUCCCCCGCCCGCAAGCCGAGGAGCGCACAGUGGUGACGCUGAAGGGGCUGGAGUACACCGUGCCGUACACCCUUCGCUUCGUGGUCGAGGGGACAGUGGGGGCAAAGGAUGCCGAAGCUAAGGCAGGGAAAGUGCUACAAGGGGCCUUCGACAUGGUGAAUCAGUACCUGAACACCUUUAACCCCAACAGCGAGGUGUCACUGGUAAACAUGAUGCCCGUGGGGGAGAAGCACGUCAUGUCGGAACACCUGCGGCGUGUGAUGGAGUGCUCUGUACGGGUGUAUAAGUCAAGCGGGACCUGCUUUGACCCUGCCACGGCGCCACUUGUCGAACGCCUCCGUUCCAUGAUGAAAGCCGAAGACAAUGCCGACACUCUUACCCUUACAGAGCAGGAGGUGGAGCGAUUUUCACUUCCUCAGAGUUUUGACAUAAAUAUUGAGGAAGGCACCAUUGCCCGUAAGCAUGAACGGGCUAAGCUGGAUCUGGGCGGCGUAAACAAGGGCUACACCGUGGACUGUGUGGUGGAAGGGCUGAACGCGGCAGGUUUACCAGACGUGAUGUUUGAGUGGGGUGGCGACUGCCGUGCGUCGGGAGUGAACUACACGCAUCAGCCAUGGGCCAUUGCCAUCGCGCGCCCCCUGACCCUCGCGGAGGUCGUGCAACGUGCCAAGGGAGAAAAGGUUGAGAGUAGUGAAGGUCCAUCCUUGCUGCGAGUCAUGUACCUCAACGACGAGGCCGUGUGUACAAGUGGCGACUAUGAAAACGUCGAGUACUGCCCCAAGUAUGGCGUCCGCGGCACCAUCUUUGACUGGAAGAAGAAGGAGCUGCUGGAACCCGUUGAGAGCGAGCUGGCGCAGGUCUCCGUCAAGUGCUACAGUGCAAUGUACGCCGAUGCGCUUGCCACGGCGAGCCUCAUCAAGCGCGACAUCUCUAAGGUGCGAUACAUGCUGGAGGAAUGGCGCUACUCGCGGAAUCGCGUCACAAACUACACAGCCUACACACGUGAGAACGAACGUGUCGCUCGUAUGUAUGAAAUCGCAAAAGAGGACGGCGAGACCCGCGAGAAUCGCAUUGCCGGCUCGCUUCCCUCCCGUGUUGUCAUUGUGGGUGGCGGCCUCGCCGGGUUGUCAGCCGCCAUUGAGGCCGCCGCCUGCGGCGCCCAAGUUAUCGUGCUGGAGAAGGAGUCGAAGCUUGGCGGCAACAGCGCCAAGGCGACGUCCGGCAUCAAUGGCUGGGGCACGCGUGCGCAGGCGCUGCAGGAUGUCCAUGACGGCGGGAAGUACUUUGAACGCGAUACGUAUCUUUCAGGCCUCGGCGGCACCACCGACCCGGGCCUGGCGAGCACCCUCUCCGUCAAGAGCGGGGAUGCCAUUAGCUGGCUCUCCUCGCUGGGGAUCCCCCUGACAGUGCUGUCGCAGCUCGGUGGGCACAGCCGCAAGCGCACGCACCGCGCCCCUGACAAGGCGGAUGGGACACCCGUGCCCAUCGGCUUCACCAUCAUGCGCGCGCUUGAGCACCACAUUCGCACGAAACUUGCGAAUCGCGUGACGAUCAUGGAAAAUACCGCCGUCACCGCGCUUCUGAACGAAUCCAAAGGCCUGCCUGAUGGUGGGCGCGAAGUGAAGGUUACAGGUGUUUCCUACGUGAAGGCAAACGAUGCAAGCGCCUCUCCGAUGAAGCUCACUGCAGAUGCCGUCAUUCUUGCCACCGGUGGGUUUUCAAACGAUCGUAUGUCGCAAUCACUUCUCCGCGAGUUUGCGCCGCAGCUGUCUGGCUUCCCCACGACCAAUGGACCGUGGGCCACUGGUGACGGCGUCAAGCUGGCACGACGCCUUGGCGCCACGCUUGUCGACAUGGACAAGGUGCAGCUUCACCCGACGGGCCUCAUCGAUCCAAAAGACCCUGCCAAUACGACGAAGUACCUGGGCCCAGAGGCGCUGCGUGGGUCGGGCGGCGUCCUGCUAAAUAAGAGAGGUGAGCGUUUUAUUAACGAGCUUGAACUUCGCUCCGUGGUAUCCAAUGCGAUCAUUGGCCAAGACGACGAAUACCCAGGCUCCAAUGGCAGCAAGUUUGCCUUCUGCGUGCUCAACAAUGCGGCAGCAAAGCUGUUUGGCGUCAAUGCGCUGAAAUUCUAUGCAGAUACCUUGGGAGUGUUUCAGCGUGUGGAGGAUGUGGAGAUGCUGGCGCAGCUCAUUGGUUGCGAUUUUCAAACUCUGUAUAAGACGCUGGAGGAAUACGAGAGUUCCUGCAAAGCCAAGACAGUGUGCCCACUUACGGGAAGAUUUGUCUACCCGUGUGUGGUGGGCCCACAGGGUCCCUUCUACGUCGCCUUUGUGACGCCGUCGAUCCACUACACAAUGGGCGGCUGCCUCAUCUCACCCUCGGCAGAGAUUCUGCAUGAACACCACUCCGCGAACAUUCUCGAGAACCAAAGCCCCAUUCUUGGCCUCUUUGGAGCGGGUGAGGUGACAGGCGGGGUGCACGGCAAGAAUCGUCUUGGUGGUAACUCGCUGCUGGAAUGUGUCGUCUUUGGACGUAUUGCGGGCGAUCGCGCAGCGACAAUCCUGCAGAAACAGGCGCUUGCGCUUUCAAAGGACAAGUGGACGUCCGUCGUCGUCCGUGAAUCCCGCUGUGGUGAACAGUUCGGCGCCGGCUCGCGUGUCUUGAGGUUCAACCUCCCCGGUGCUCUGCAGCGCUCUGGACUGCACCUCGGUGAGUUCGUUGCCAUUCGCGGUGAGUGGGAUGGCCAGAAGCUGAUUGGCUACUACAGCCCCAUCACACUACCAGACGAGCGUGGCACCAUAUCCAUCCUCGCUCGUGGGAACAAGGGGACGCUGCGGGAGUGGAUUUCGGCCAUGCGUCCUGGGGACUCGGUGGAGAUAAAAUGCGGCGGUGGCCUGCGCAUCGACCACAAUGUGGAGAAGAAGCAGUUUAUAUUCCGAAAGCAGGUUAUCCGACAAUUUGCCCUUAUUGCGGGAGGCUCAGGUGUUGCACCAAUGCUGCAGAUUCUUCGCGCCGCGCUGAGCCAUCCCUACGUGGAUAAAACGGAGUCCGUCCGUUUGUUGUACGCCGCUGAGGAGUAUGAGGAGCUGACCUACCGCGACACGCUGCGUCGCUACGCCAAGGAGUACCCUGACAAGUUUGCCUAUGAGUUUGUGCUCAGCAACCCGCCUGAGGGAUGGACCGGUGGCGUGGGCUUCGUUGACCGCGAGUCCAUGCAGAAGACGCUGCAGCAGCCGUCAAAUGAUCUACUGGUUGCCAUCUGCGGUCCCCCGGCAAUGCAGCGUGCGGUGAAGAACGAACUGCUGAUGAUGGGCUACAACAAGGCGCUCGUGCACACGAUUGAUGAUGACAUGCAGUCCACGUAG